AUGGCUCCCUCUGUUUUCCCUUCCUCUGUUUUCCUUUCUUCUUUGCUUAUCCUUGUUCUCUUUUCCUUCACUAUCUCUCUCCAUUGCAAUGCCUACCCUUCUCAUCACAACCCUCUUCGUCCCCACCGCCAUCAUCCUCGCUUUGCGUCUCACAACUACAGAGAUGCUCUCGCAAAAUCUAUUCUCUUCUUUGAAGGUCAGAGGUCUGGGAAGCUCCCUCCUAACCAGAGGAUGACUUGGAGGAGAGACUCUGGUCUCUCAGAUGGCUCUGCCAUGAAAGUUGAUUUGGUUGGAGGUUACUAUGAUGCUGGGGACAAUGUGAAGUUUGGGUUUCCCAUGGCAUUCACAACCACCAUGCUCUCAUGGAGUGUGAUUGAGUUUGGUGGGUUGAUGAGAGGUGAGUUGCAGAAUGCCAAACAAGCUAUUCGUUGGGGUACGGAUUAUCUUCUCAAAGCCACUGCCCAACCAGACACCAUCUAUGUCCAGGUGGGUGAUGCAAACAGGGACCAUGCUUGUUGGGAGAGACCUGAAGACAUGGACACCCCAAGAAGUGUGUUCAAAAUAGACAGAAACACCCCAGGUUCUGAAGUUGCAGCUGAAACUGCUGCUGCUCUAGCAGCAGCUUCUUUAGUCUUCAGGAGGUGUGACCCCACUUACUCCAAGCUCUUAGUCAUCAGAGCUAUCAGGGUGUUUGAGUUUGCUGAUAAGUACAGAGGUUCUUACAGCAACGGGUUGAAGAAAUUUGUUUGCCCCUUUUAUUGUUCUUAUUCUGGGUACCAGGAUGAGCUGUUGUGGGGUGCUGCUUGGUUGCACAAAGCUACCAGGAAUCCUACUUAUCUAAACUACAUUCAAGUGAACGGGCAAACCCUUGGGGCUGAUGAGUCUGACAAUACAUUUGGGUGGGACAACAAGCAUGUUGGGGCUAGGAUUAUUCUCUCCAAGGCAUUUCUGGUACAAAAGGUCCAGUCCCUCCAUAGUUACAAAGGUCAUGCAGAUAACUACAUCUGUUCUCUCAUACCUGGGAACCCCUUCUCCCAAGCCCAGUACACCCCAGGUCCUCUCUCCCUCAAUUCUCCCUCUCUGCAAAUAUACUCUGCUAAUAUAUGCUACAUAUUAAGUUUAGAACAAGUCUAUGGAGGGCUUCUGUUCAAGAUGGAUGACAGUAACAUGCAGUAUGUGACUUCCACUGCCUUCCUGCUUGUAACCUAUGCCAAGUACUUAACCUCCGCUCAUAUGAUUGUUAAUUGCGGUGGAACCAUUGUUACCCCCAAGAGGCUCCGAACCAUUGCCAAAAAACAGGUGGACUACCUGCUAGGAGAUAAUCCCCUGAAGAUGUCCUACAUGGUUGGCUAUGGUGCAAGGUACCCACAGAGGAUCCACCAUAGGGGAUCAUCCCUGCCGUCCAUUACUGCACACCCAGCUAAGAUCCAAUGCUCUUCUGGGUUUAAUAUCAUGAAUUCGCAAUCUCCCAACCCCAACAUUCUGGUGGGGGCCAUUGUUGGUGGGCCUGACCAACACGAUCAAUUUCCAGAUAAACGGUCAGACUACGAGCAAUCAGAACCGGCAACGUACAUCAACGCACCCCUUGUUGGAGCACUAUCUUAUCUUGCACACUCGUUUGGCCAACUCUAA